GCGGUACUGAGAAGCUUCUCCUUCACCUGAGUCGCUUCUUCUCUGCGGAGAAAAUCUCGAUCUGACGCAAAGUGUGCACACGUUCAGCGGAGCGCGUGCAGGACGUAAAGCACGCGAUGGACACUUUGACUCGUGGAACAGUUUUUUACUCUGAACUUUCUACUCGACACUGAGUUGAUUUACACGAUUCAUACGAGCUGCGUACCGGGACCGGGGCCAGGACCAGGACCAGGACCGGGACGAGGACCAGGACCGGGACCAGGACCAGGACCAGGACCGGGACCAGGACCAGGACCAGGACCAGGACCAGGACCUCAGCAGUGGAGUCACCGACUCUCGUGUUUCAGUGAGUGUUCCAGAGAAGAUGGAUCAGAACAGCUGAGUUCACAGAGAUAAAUUAUUCAGCUGUGGUGGAGGUGGAAUACCUGCUGGGACGGAGGAUGACCUGCUGGAAGGAGGGUGCCACCCUCCUGCUGGUUCUGCUGGUCCUGCUGGACCUGAAACCGGUCACCGGGCGAUCGUCUCGUCACCGCAGCUUGAGACGUCAAACUCGAGGGCACCAUGAACGCCGGGCGCACCAAAACAUCACGUUGGCCAUCAUUUUACCACAGAGCAACACAGGAUACCCGUGGGCUUGGCCUCGCAUUGGUCCGGCCCUGGAGCGGGCUAUUAAAACCGUUAACGCCGACCCCUCCCUGCUCCCCGACCACCACCUCACCUACACCUUCAAGAACAGCGAAGACAAAAAUGGCAUCUGCUCCGAGUCCAUCGCCCCGCUCAUGGCUGUAGACCUGAAAUUUGCCCAUGACCCGUGGGCUUUCAUUGGACCUGGCUGUUCCUACACCGCCUCCCCUGUUGGUUUCUUCACCAACCACUGGGGUGUUCCCAUGGUAACAGCGGGCGCUCCGGCCGUGGCCUUUUACGAUGGAGUUUACCCGUCCAUCACCAACACAGGCCCCACCCACAAAAAGCUGGGGAAGUUUGCCCUGCGGAUCUGCGAGCACUUUGGUUGGCGGCAGCACGUGAUGCUGAUGUUCAGCGACACCAAGGUGGAUGAUCGGCCGUGUUACUUCGCUGUGGAGGGUUUGUACUCGGAGCUGAAGAGCGUGAACAUCACCCUCGUGGACAGCGUGUUCGACGAGAAAAAACAAACAAUCAGCUACGCCCAUAUCCUCUCCGACAUCCAGAACGACAGCCGAGUGAUGUUCGUCUGCUGCUCGCCCGAUGUCUUCAGGAAGCUGAUGGUCCAGUUCCGUCGUGCAGACCUCCCCCACGAGCAGUACGUCUUCUUCUACAUCGACGUGUUCGGAGACAGUUUGAAGCACAGACAACCGUGGGCCCGCGGAGACGAAGACGACGCCAUCGCCAAGGAGGCUUUUCAGAGUGUGAAGAUCCUGACGUAUCGAGAGCCUCAGAAUCCAGAGUACAGAGAGUUCGUCCACAACCUGAAGACCGACGCCAUCCAGAUGUUUAACUACACCAUCGAGGACACGCUGAUGAACAUCAUCGCUGGAGGUUUCUACGACGGCCUGAUGCUCUACACUCGCGCUCUGAACGAGAGCUUGUCUGCGUCCGGCGGUCGUCCUCCGGGGACAGUCGUCACCAAGAGGAUGUGGAAUCGAACGUACCACGGUGUAACAGGACUGGUCCACCUGGACGAGAACGGAGACAGAGAGACGGACUUCGCUCUGUGGGACAUCGACACCAACACCAGCACGUUCCAGAUAGUUUUGGUGUAUAACAGUUUGGAGGAGCAGCUGACGGCCAUACCUGGAACAACGGUGCACUGGCUGGGCGGAGCUUGUCCUCCCGAUGUUCCCGUCUGCGGCUUCAAGAACGACAACCCCGUCUGCGUCGCGAAAACGGUCACGAUCCAACAGAUGGUUUCCAUCGUGCUCUUCUUCAUCUUCACCAUGAGCCUCACCAUCGCUGUCUUCGUCUACAGGAAGAUGAAACUGGAGAAGGAGCUGGUGGCUCAGCUCUGGAGAAUCACCUGGGACAACAUCCAGAUGAGCAACAUGGAAAAAGUGCUGCGCAGCGGCAGCAGGCUCACACUGUCACUGAGAGGCUCUAACUACGGCUCCCUGAUGACGGCAGAUGGGAACAUGCAGGUGUUUGCAAAGACUGGUUACUACAAGGGAAACAUCAUCGCCAUCAAAUACACCAACAGGAAACGCAUCGAGCUGAACAGGAUGGUUCUGUUUGAACUCAAACACAUGCGCGACGUUCAGAAUGAACAUCUGACCAGGUUCAUCGGAGCGUGCAUCGACCCGCCCAACAUCUGUAUCAUCACAGAGUACUGUCCCCGAGGGAGUCUGCAGGACAUCCUGGAGAACGACAGCAUCACUCUGGACUGGAUGUUCAAAUAUUCUCUAAUCAACGACAUUGUGAAGGGUUUGGUCUUCCUCCACAACAGCGUCAUCGUCUCUCACGGUAAACUCAAGUCGUCCAACUGUGUUGUCGACAAUCGCUUCGUCCUGAAAAUCACAGACUACGGUUUGUCCAGUUUUCGCUAUGACGCCGACUCUGGGAAAGACGCUCACGCCUACUACGCCCAGAGACUGUGGAUGGCUCCAGAGCUGCUCAGGAUGGAGUCCCCCCCACCUCAGGGAACUCAGAAAGGAGACGUCUACAGCUUCAGCAUCAUCCUCCAGGAGGUGGCGCUGCGCCGAGGAGCCUUUUACCUGGAGGAAGACCCGCUCAGCCCUAAAGAGAUCGUGGACCGGGUGGUUCUGGGCGAGUGGCCGUGCCUGAGGCCGACCGUCGACCCUCAGGUUCACAGUCCCGAGCUGGGUCAGCUGAUGCAGCGCUGCUGGGCGGAGGAGCCGACGGAGAGACCCGAGUUCAGCCACAUUCGACUGCUGCUGCGCAAACAGAACAAGGAGUCGAGGACCAACAUCCUGGACAACCUUCUGUCUCGUAUGGAGCAGUACGCCAACAACCUGGAGGAGCUGGUGGAAGAACGGACGCAAGCGUACCACGAAGAGAAACGCAAGGCCGAGGCUCUGCUCUACCAAAUACUACCACACUCAGUAGCAGAACAGUUGAAGCGAGGUGAGACAGUUCAGGCCGAGGCCUUUGACUCCGUCACCAUCUACUUCAGUGACAUCGUGGGCUUCACCUCCAUUUCAGCAGAGAGCACCCCGAUGGAGGUUGUGACUCUGCUCAACGACCUCUACACAUGUUUUGAUGCCAUCAUCGACAACUUUGAUGUUUACAAGGUGGAGACCAUCGGCGACGCCUACAUGGUGGUGUCCGGCCUUCCGGUCAGGAACGGGAAGCUGCACGGCAGAGAGAUCGCCCGCAUGGCCCUCGCCCUGCUGGACGCCGUCCGCACCUUCAAGAUCCGCCACCGGGCGGAACAGCAGCUGAAACUGAGGAUCGGAAUCCACAGCGGCCCAGUGUGUGCCGGCGUGGUGGGGUUGAAGAUGCCGCGGUACUGUCUGUUCGGUGACACCGUCAACACGUCGUCACGGAUGGAGUCCAGCAGCGAAGCGCUGAAGAUCCACGUGUCUGCGGCGACUCGCGAAGUCCUCCUGGAAUUCAACUGCUUCCAGCUGGAGCUGCGAGGAGAGAUCGACGUCAAGGGCAAAGGAAAGAUGACCACCUAUUGGCUACUGGGAGAGAGCGACAGCCAAUGAGGAAACACCCGGAGAAGAGGACGACAGGUCCAGCCGUCUUCGACCUGCAGCUGAUUGUCAGACGACUCAUCACCUCCGAGUGCUUUUCUAUUCGUGGACAAACGGACCUUGAUCGUUACAGAUUCCACAACCUGGAGGAAAGUAACGGUACGUUCGUGUGUAACUGUGACGGACAGAUGUGCGAGUAAGAAACCAAACUCCAGAUGUGGACAGGAGGCAAAAGACGAGUAAAUGACGGAGGCAGAAGGUUCUGACUGGAAAACGAUGUAACUGACGGAGCGCAGACGGAUUCUUAUCUUUUCUAUGUUCAACUUUUACAGUUGGAGUUUUACAGAGAAAAAUCUGAAUUUGGGUUUUUGAUUAGAAUUUCCUGCCUCAGAGGAUCCGAACCAUCACGUGUCGGGACAGUCGAGCAUCGAGCGAAUCCAAACCCGCUUCUCGUUCUGUCUCGUCCACCGAGUCCGAGAGGGUCCAUAAGGCUACAUCCGCACAAGACCCUGUUGCUAUGGUGACGCCUGCUGUCCACACUAAGGGAGACAUUUGUAAACGCUGCUGUCGUGUUUUUGUUAAGUUAAUUGAGUAAAAUUGUAAUAUUACAGCAAAAAAGAUAUUUACAAGAGUGAAGUUGUAGUUUUACAUCACGUUACAUUAAAAACUUUUUAAUCCAGAUUCUCCAUAUUCACAUGUAGGGGGAUAAGUAACAUGUAACGGUACAUCAGCUCUGUUGCUGGGCAACAGCCAUGACUGUGUGUGAAGCUGGUGACUCCAGACGUGUGGUUUCUGUUUGGCCUUCGCUCACGGCCUCUGUCGGAGGCGGCGCCGGAACACAGCGGAUCCUCCUGAACCUCACACACUCGUCUUGUGAAUAAAGUUUUGUUUAUGAAUAACAAUCAGGA